AUGGUGGCACCACCACCUCUCGCCACCGUGCCACCUACCGGACCCGCGGCCGGAUCUAGCAACCUCCGUGGCACCGCCGCCGAACAUGGUGGAACCUCCUAUCAAGGUGGGCUCGUUACCACCACCGACUUAGGCUCGGUCUUGGAGCAACUUCAAGCAUUCCCUCCAUUGCCUCCACGCUCGAUGCACGCUCUCGGGUACACCUCCAAUGAAAACCUAGCCCGUGUGCAAUUGGGCUCCACACGCUUCUCUCCUCCCGAUCCACAAAGUCAAGCAGAUCUCAACCUGAGAGUUGACCAGCUAGCUCAGAGAAUGGACGACCAAAACGCUCUGAUGAGGCAGCUCCUCAAUCAAACAAGCGUGGCUCAAAAUCUUGGCCUUGGACAACCAGGCGAAGAGAGAAGAAUAGACGAACGCACCAGUGGGCAGCUCAACGGGCACCAAGCAGGUCGAGCAGGAGUGAGCAAACAAGGGGAUGCACAACCACGUGAUCAGCUUGCCGACAUGUCGCGAGCAUCUGCAAGCCACACACAAAGCAAUGUGCAAAAAAGGCUCGGCCCAUGA